ACAAGUGUAUGAGCUGCAUACUGGAUAUAGUGAGACUACACGAGAAGCAUUGCUAUUCCGUACAGACAGAGAGCAUCUUAUUACAUCACAAGAGAGGAUCUAAUACAAAAAUACAAAACAAACAAACAAACAAAAAAAAAAAAACCUUAAAGCAGACGACUACCGUACUUGAUGUUUUUAAAGAAAAGGCAAUCAUAAAAGCCGAUUACCUGUAUUAUAAAAAACCGUGGUUGUAUCAUCUCAGUGACUUUUUUUUUUUUUACAUGAAAGUGGUGUAAAAGUGUUCUGUUAUAUCUGUGUUUAAAAUUAAACAAUUAAAACGAUUAACCGAAAUGGCUACUAACUGUGCAAUGCUUGUGCAUUUGAUUUUCUUUUUGGCAAACCCAAUACUCGAAACAGCUGCAAGCGAGCUUCUAAAUCAGAGACCGAUAUAUGAAGCCAGUGUCGUUGACAUACCUUUUGAUUAUCAAGGUGACAUGUCAGCACGUGCUGCCACAGACCAGGAUAUGGUGGCUAUUCACAUGUUUAAACUUUAUAAUAAGUACAAUAAAGAAGUUAAUCGACCAAGGGAUGGCAAUACAGUACGCAGCUUCAAGGCAAGCAUGGAAAUCAUAGAUGAGCAGCCCUUGUAUCGUUUUAAUUUGACUUCCAUUCAAGACUCAGAAGUCAUUCUUGCCACUACGUUUCACUUCUUCUUUGACAAACACACAAGACACAGACCGUCUUUCUGCAAACGUUUCAGGAACGCAUCCUGUCAGCUCCAACAGUUCCAUCACUUUCCUUCAGUGAACUUGAUCUUCAGAAGUGCUUCCUCAAAUGUGGCUUUGGGAUCCUUGCUGGGGAACGUCACUGUUUACCCCAAUAGGAGGGGAGCCUGGCAGUUAAAGGAUAUAUCAGAGAUAAUAAAAGGAGCAAAGAAAACUGGGGACCUCUUGAUAACAAUUGAAUUUGAUAUUGGAGAAAAGUUCAGAAAGUUUCAAGAUUCUGUAGCAUCUUCAAACCUACCAUACAUUCUUGUAUAUGCCAAUGACCUGGCAAUAUCGGAACCAAACAGUGUUGCGAUAACAUUGCAGAGGUAUGACCCUUUCUCCCUAAAUGAAGAAAAAACCCAUUCUCUCAAUGCCUCCCCUGAAGCCCGUGUUAAAAGAGAUACCUAUUUUCCAGAUCCCAUCAAAAAUAAUGAACUCCCAGAAGUAGAGUACAGUACUUUUAAAAAACAUGACUUGUGGGAAAGUGCUUACAUGUCCCUGAAACCAAAAACUUCUAAAAAGGACAGACGGAGAAAGGGACAGGAGAACAGUGAAGGAUUGACUAAGUCACAGGUUCUAAGCUUUGAUGAGAAGACCAUGAAAAAAGCUAGAAGGAGACAAAGGAAUGAACCUCGACUCUGCUCCAGGAGGUACCUCAAAGUCGACUUUGCAGAUAUUGGCUGGAGCGAGUGGAUCAUAUCUCCAAAAUCAUAUGAUGCCUACUACUGCGCAGGGGCUUGUGAAUUUCCAAUGCCUAAGGCGCUUCGCCCCUCCAAUCAUGCUACGAUCCAGAGCAUUGUGAAGGCAGUGGGAAUCAUUCCUGGUAUCCCAGCGCCCUGCUGUGUUCCUGACAAAAUCAGCUCGCUAAGCGUCCUGUUCUUGGACGAGAACGAGAAUGUGAUAUUGAAGAUUUACCCGAACAUGUCCGUGGAGACCUGCGCGUGUCAAUAGAUACUGGGAGAACACUUUGCUAUGAACUGGCUAUUUACUGAGAAGGAAAUAAAAGAAGUGCGACCUUACUGGUUUCUAUAUGAUUAAUGCAAGGGGAAAAAAAGUAUCCAACCCGAGUUGAAGCUUCAGGCUACAUUACACGUUAAAGCUGCUGAACUCUUUUCUUUACAGUCAGGGUGAUAUUUAUAGAAACAGAUCUUUCGUCUCUUUCUGUCUAUUUUUGAAUUCUGUCUUCUUUGUAUACAUUGCUCUCCAGCACGGAUUGGGAUACCUGUUGGGGUGAGAUAUAAAAUCUGUUGGUAGAUAACUCUUUCAAAACUAAUGCAAAUCAGCCAUGGUCCGCAAAAAAUGCUAACUAUAGUUAAAAGAGGCAGCAUAAAUUGAAAGGAAACCUAUAGCGAGGAGCAAAACAAUUAUUAAAAGAACAAUAAUUGUGCCUUUCUCUUGUAAAACUGUAUGCUGUUUACAUGUCCACUGAAAUUGUUCUUUUUUUGAUGCAAAAAGUAUUUUUCUAUGUAUGUAUGUAUGUAUGUAUGUUUGUAUGUAUGUCAUUUUAUCCUUCAGUAGCUGUUGUUGCUGUUUGUCAUUUGGUAUCAGAGUACUUAAUUCGUAUAACUCUACAAAUAAUGUUUGUUGUUUUUUUAAUUAUGAAGGAAGUGACCACCAAAACCACAUCCUAAAUAAAAUCAACCAAAUGUAGUUUUAAUUUACCUCAUAUAAGCAUAAAAGUGGUGUAUGCAAUUAAAACUUUUAAAUGAAGUAAAAUACUAAUUUGCUUAGACAAUGUUAAUCGUACUAGCUGUAUCUAAUAAUUAUAAGUAAUUGUCAAUGUACUGAACAAUAGUCUAGGUCGUACUGAAAUCUUACAUAAGACAAGUGGUUUAUGCUCUGUUUUUGUUCUGUCCAAAUUAAUAGUUAAGGUUUUUCGUUCCUUUGAUAAACACACAUUAUCUUAGUCACAAAAUGCAUUUAUGAAAUUAUAAUUAUAAAUAUUAGAAGUUUAAUAUUGUCUAUGAUCUAGUCUUUUACCUUGUCCCGUGUUCAAAAGAAUAAAGUUUAAGAGGCCUUUAUAAGAUGGGAUAGUGGUACAUGCAUAUUUAUUAUAGUAUGUUCUUAUUUGUGAUAGAAAUAGUAAAAAUCCUUAGUGGUUACAAAAUAUUUUUAAUAGUGUUAAAAACAUGGCAGUCCCAAUACAAAAUGGGUACUUUCAAGAGGGUUUGACUAACUGGGAUGGAUAUAAUUUUUCAACCUUUGUUAAUAAGAGUGACAAAAUGUAUUAUUAUUAUUAUUAUUAUUAUUAUUAUUAUUAUUAUUA